GAUUAGGUGUUCAGAACCAUGGACAGGGGUCACAGAUCAGCAGUGGGAUCUCAGAAUGUCCCCUGUUCAGUCCUAUAGACAAUAUCUGACAUUUGCAUGCAGUUUGCUCUCUGGCUUGAUUACCAAUCCAAAUAUAGAUGGGCGGAGUGAGAGUACAGAUUCGGAGUCUGAGGUGGGAGGUUUUACAUGAGAGACUCGAGGAGAUGGGUACACUGCAUUGAUAUCUUCCACGUUGUGCGCGAAAACCACACGAUCCCUCCCCGAUAUUACGCAGUCUAUUUAAACGCACCAUCCACACACCCAUUCCAUCACUCACCACUUUGGUCGUCUCACCUGUACUCGCGGUGUUCAGGAGAGGAACCCAGUGAUGGAUCAGGACAAGUACCUGCCAGAGCUCAUUGCCGAGAAGGACAGCUUGGACCCGUCGUUCGUCCACGCGAUGCGCCUUCUUGCUGAAGAGAUUGAAAAGUUUGAAGGAGACGAGUUGAGAAAAGAUGGCGAGGUGAAGAAAUACUUGGAUAUCAUCAGCAACAAAAACAUCAAGCUGUCGGAGCGCGUGCUGAUCCCGGUGCAGCAGUAUCCUAAGUUUAAUUUUGUUGGGAAACUGCUGGGGCCCAGGGGCAAUUCCAUGAAAAGAUUACAAGAGGAAACAGGAGCAAAGAUGUCCAUCCUCGGCAAGGGUUCAAUGAGGGAUAAAGGCAAGGAGGAAGAGCUGAGGAAAAGUGGAGAGGCGAAGUAUGCCCAUUUGAGCAACGAUCUUCAUGUUUUAAUUGAAGUUUUCGCACCACCUGGAGAAGCCUAUUCCCGCAUGAGCCAUGCCCUGGAGGAGAUUAAGAAAUUCCUUGUUCCAGAUUACAAUGAUGAGAUCAGGCAGGAGCAACUUCGUGAGCUCUCCUACUUAAAUGGCUCAGAUGACCCAAGCCGAGGAAGAACCGCAAGAGGUCGAAGCUUACGUCUGACCUCCACAGCCUCCACCCGAGGUCGAGGGGGGUCAGCUGCACCCCCUCCACCUGGACGAGGAGCAGCAGCACCCAGAGGAACUGGGGGAACACGCACCUCUGUCCAAACCCCCACACUAGCCAGGGGAGUGUCUGCACCCCGGGCCAGAGGAACUGCAGGGACCCCUGGAUACAGAGCCCCGCUACUGCAGGCCACGCACAAAUCAUAUGAUGACUACGGAUAUGAUGAUGGGUAUGAUGGGGAAUAUGAUGACCAGAGUUAUGAGGGCUAUGAUGACAACUACAGCAACCAGUCGAAAAGUGUCUCGGAAUAUUAUGAAUAUGGACACGGUAAUAAUGAUGAAGCCUACAACAAUUAUGCAGAAGAGGACUGGAUAUCAUCGCGGCCCAACCUCAAAGCUCCAGCAUCAAGACUUACUCGAGGGGGCUACAGAGAUCACCCCUAUGGUAGAUAUUAAAGGUGCUCCAGAUCAUGUGACCUCCAUACAAUGUCAACCUUAUUUACUAAAUAAUCAAAAAUGGGAUUUUUAAGUGAUAGGUCAGUCAUGUUUUUAAAGUCACACUAACCUUGGGGGGAGGUGGGGGGGGGGCGGUAAAAUGGUACCCUUUUCUUAUCUGUAACUGUUGACUUCUUUGUAUGAUACCUUAUGAGCAUUAAUUCUGGCCAGGAUUUGGCAGUGUACUUUUGUCAUUGAAUGCUCCUUCCUUUAGUUUUCCAUUGUUUGUCCCCCAAAUGUAAAGCAUGGAAUUAGCCACACAUUAUGCUUCCCUGACUUCGGGAACCUUUGCAUUAAGGCAGAAAUGUAUGAGGAGAGACUCAUUUUGUACACAACAUCUUUCGUAAUACUUCUUGAUUUGAUGAUGGUAAAUACUGAGUUUGUACAUUUAAUUUUGAUAUCAGUAUUGGGUUUGAAAGCAAUUGGCUAUGUAUUUAGCCACAUCCAAGUGCUUUGCUUUGUGUGUAGCUUGUAUUUGUACAUAAAAAUGUAAUAAAAAGGAUGUAAAGCGCCUUGUGCAAGCUUCUCUAAAUAGGUGAUCAUAAUUGUUAAAGUUGUGUUGCUAUAAUCUGUUAAUAAAGAUGAGAUCCUUUUUGUAAAAUUAGAUAUGUAGGUACUUACUUGUCUUUAGUACUAAAUGACUGUAUGACCUGAGGAAAUUGAUAAUGUUUUUUUUUUUUUAUAGAUAUCUAUUUAACAAAGAAAAGCCACAAAAAGGAACCGUAGAGACGUUGUCAAGUCAUUUUGUGUAAUAAUAGAUAAG